AUCAUCUUCUUUCAUUUCCCUUCCCUGGUAUAUAUUGAUCAUAUAAUAAACGCACUCACACCGCCUCUCUCGUACACAAUAAUAUACAUUUUGGGUUCUUUUUCACAUCCACAUUUCAGAGUUACAUGAUAUUAUUCCAGUAGCGAGGAAGAGGAGAAAGGGAGAAUGGAUCAGUGGAACUAUGCGAGGGCUGCCCAACAAGCCGCGCACCAGGGGUAUUCAACACAACAAGCUCCAGCCACAUCUGUUGCAGGCUCUGCAUAUGCUCAACAGUCAUAUGGGCAGCAGCAGACGUAUGGGCAACAGGCUGCAGGUGGAUAUGCUGGCAGUGCAUCUCUAGGUUCUGGUACAGGAUUGCAGCAUGCUUCACUACAACAUACAUCCCAACGUGCUAAUUCAGCACGAGGUGGACAGGCAGAUUCUGGUGCAUAUUCUGCAGGAGCAUCUGCUGUUACUGGUGGUGGAACUGCCUCAGGUGCGCUUCAGUAUGGAGGGCAGUAUGGAUCUGUUUAUGGAGCUUCAGGUCAAAGUAGCGUACAACAGGUAACUGGAGCUAGUACAAAGGGUGGUGCUGCAUCUGCAUUUCCAGUGUAUGGUGCUGGUGCCAGUCGGGCUGCUGGAUCAUUUGCUGGAGGUUCAGCAGGUGUCAAUGCUUCUGUAGUCCAUGGAUUAGAUUCUUCAAAGUAUAUAUCCAGUGGGUCAGCUGCAGUUUAUGGGAGUGUUAAAGCUAAUGAUUAUGACUCCUUAUCACCACAUGGAUACAGUCAAAAAGCUGAUCAGUAUGCUGGUAGUGGUGGGUAUGGUGCAAAGGCUGCUGAGUAUUUAUCUUCGGACAGGGGACAGUAUGGUCAGAGCCAGAGUGUGUACAUUGGAAGAGACUUGCAGACAGAUGCAGCCAGGCGGUAUCCAGAUUCAGGUGGUGUUGGGCAUCCUCGACAAUCAGACUUACAAGAUCAGGCACUAUUGCUUCGCCAGACACAAGUUUUGCAAGCACAGCAACUGCAAUCUGUUGGUUCAUUGAGACAGGGUUCUGCUACAUCCCUUGAUGCGGGUGGAAGGCCUGCAGAUUAUCUUCCAGGAAGGGGCAGUACUAUGCACCCUGUAACACAGGAAUAUGGAGCCCCAAUGAGGGACCUGUUAGGUGGCUCUUAUGGUUCAAGGCUCGAUUCAGAUGUGGCCUUACUAGGUUCCCGUGGUGCUGGCAGUGCUGCUUCUGUGCUUGGAGGCAGUGGAGGGAGAGGUCUUGAUGAUUUAUAUGGUCAAGGCUCUCCACGCACAGGUUAUGGUGUCAGUUUACCUCCUGGACGAGAUUAUAGCUCUGGAAAAGGGCCUGUUGGUGUUUCUUCUUGGGAUGCAGGGUAUACUGGGAGUAGUGCAAGUCGGAUGGAUCGUCCAAGUCGUUUUGAUGAUAUCCGAGAUGAUAGAGUCUUACUCCGACAUGAGUAUGAUAGGAGGGAAGAAGAAAUUCAUAGAGAGCGUGAGAGGGAGAGAGAACAUGAAAGGGAGAGAGAACGUGAGUUGGAACGACGUGAUCGGGAACGGGAACGUGAUCGGGAACGAGAACGUGAGAGAGAACGGGAACGCGACAGGGAACGAGAACUUAGGAGGAGGGAACGGACCCCCAUUAGACCUCCUCUAAGGGUUCGUAGAGAGCCAUCUUUUACAAGGAAAGAAGAAAGAGUUGCUAGGCGACCUUCCCCUCGCCGUGAGCCAUUGCAUAGACAUGCAUCACCUGCCAAAGAUCGAAGGCGAGAGUAUAUUUGCAGGAUUGAUCCGUACAGUCUUGUUGAGGCAGAAAGGGACUUUGCAUCAAUCAGUAAACGCUAUUCAAGGCUUUAUGUAGCCCCAGAUUUUUCAAAGCUUGUUGUCAAUUGGUUAAAGGAGGAGCUCAAUGUCUCUUAUAACACACCAGUCAGCUUCGAGCAUGAUGCCAUAAUAGAGGAUGAGAACGACCCAAAGGAGUCUUCACCAAAGUCAUCUGACAAAGUAGCAGGAGUUGCGAAGCAAUUGAAGGGAAGCACUGUUUGGAAUGCAAAGGUCAUUCUAAUGAGUGGAAUAAGCGAGAAUGCUAUGUCAGAACUAGUUUCUGAAAAUAUUACUGAAGAUAAAGUUCUCCAUGUCCAUAAUGUUUUAAGAUUUGCUAUUCUUCGGAAGGACCACAGUUUUUUUGCAGCUGGAGGUUCAUGGGACAAUGUUUUAGAUGGCGGGGAUCCAGCUACUGAUGAAUCUGCUUUAAUUCGGACGGCUAUAAGAUGCUUCAAGGGAGCCACCCAACUUGAUCUGACCAGUUGCAAGCAUUGGAGUCGUUUUGUUGAGGUGCACUAUGAGAGAAUAGGUAAAGAUGGCCUUCCAAGCCACAGAGAAAUUACAGUUAUUUUUCUUCCAGAUAUAUCUACAUGCCUUCCAUCAUUUGAGAGUUGGAAAGCUCAGUAUGUUGAACAGAAAAACAUAAGGCUUGAGAGGGAACGUGAGGCUGCUUCCAGAAGGGAAAAGAAAGAGAAGUCCACUGAUAAGAAGGAUGGCAUCAAAGGGAACUCCAAAGCAGAUAAGGAAAGCAAAUCAGCAGACAAAAAUAAGAAAGAAAAAGAUGGCAAGAAAGAGAAAGAAAAGAACACAAAAGAUGAGAGGAAGGAGGAAAAGAAGGAUGACAAGGAGGAAAAGAAAAUUGAAAACAUAGAAAUAGAGAAUAAAGAGGAGGAGAAGAAAGAAAAGGAAGAGAAGAAAGAAGAGAAGAAAGAAAAAGAGGAGAAGAAAGUAGAUAAGAAGGAUUCUGAAGGGAAGAAAGUUGAGAAAAAGGAUUCUGAUGCAAAGAAAGUAGAAAAGGAGCAGAAGAAAGUAGAGAAAAAGAAAGAUGAUAAGAAGGAAUCUGAGGGGAAGAAAGUUGAGAAGAAAGAACCUGAGGGAAAGAAAGUUGAAAAGAAAGAAUCUGACACGAAGAAAGUUGAAAAAAAGAAAGAGGAUGAAAAGAAAAUUGAGAAGAAGAAAGACGAAGAGAAGCAAAGUGAUAAAACAAAAGACAAGAACAAGGAGGAAAAGAAAGUUGCAAAGGAGGAGAAUAUUGAUGGGAAGGACAGGGAAGAAAGGAAAGAAGAGAAGUUGGAUAAGCAUGAUGGUGCUCAGGACAUGGAUGACAGUGACAAGGUGAAGAAGAAAGAUGAGAAAAAGUCAGAGAGUAAAGACAAAGAUGCAAAGGAAAUUGAUUCCAAAGGAAAACCUUUGAAAGAAAAAAAGGAUAAAGAAAAGUCAGACGAGGUUCCGCCUUAUCCAGGAUUUUUUCUUACGACGAAAUGGACCAAGAAAUCCAAGAUUCGCUCAAUGACAUUAUCACUGGAUGGCCUUUUGGAUUACAAUGAAAAGGACUCUGAAGAAAGUACAUUUGAGCUGUCUCUGUUUGCUGAAGUUUUUCAAGAAAUGAUCCAAUAUCAAAUGGGAAGUCGGAUAUUGGCAUCUAUAGAAGCAUUGCGAAAAGUGUCAGGUUUGAAGAGAAAGGAUGACCGGAAGAGGCCUCGGGAGGAGAAAUCAGAGAAAGGUGAGGGGCAAGGAACAUUGACACAGAAACGUUCAAAGUUUUCUGAUAAACCAACAGAUGGUAAUUCAAAAGAUGAUAUCGGUCUCAAGUCUGAUAAAGAUCAUAAAAAUGAGAAAAAUAAGAAUGGUGAGAAUGAUGAGAUGAAGGGAAGGAAUGAUAAUAAGGAGAAAAUUGGUGAGAAGACAGAAGACAAAGCUGAUAAUACAGAUAAGGAAGUUGAGAAUAAUGAUCAGAAGGUUUCUGAAAAGGCAGAUAAGAUGGAUGUGGAUGAAGACAAAGUUGUAGAAGAGGGACAGGGGCAGAGGCAGGAGGAAGAGGAGGGAGGAGAGGAAGUAGAGGAAGAGGAAGAAGAAGGAGAAGAUGAAGAAGAGGCAGAAGGGGAAGAUGAAGAAGAGGAGGAAGGGGAUGAAGAGGAGGAAGAAGAGGAGGAGAAUAAUGAGAAUGUGGAAGGUACUGAGGCAGAAGCAACCAAACCGUUGCCAAAUGGGAAGAGUUCACCAUCUUGUCAAGAUAUGGAAGAAACAAAAAUUGAUACAGGCAAGAAGGAUUCAAACAAGGAUGUGCAAGAAACUGAUGUAGAAAUGAAAGAUGCAUCGCAAAAGGAUGCAAGUCAUGAGGGAAAAGCUGAAGAUAAGAAUGAGAAGGAUGUAAAGCCAGAUGUUCGUGUUAAAAAAGCAAUUGACAAGGAGUUGCUAAAGGCGUAUCGCUACUUCGAUAGAAAUAGAGCUGGUUACAUUAAGGUUGAUGAUUUGCGAAGGCUUCUACAUAAUUUGGGGAAAUUCCUAUCCCACAAAAAUGUCAAGGAACUUGUGUCAUGUGCACUAUUUGAGAGUAACAAAGCACCGCGCGAUGAAAGGAUCAUUUACCCAAAUUUAUUGAAGAAAGGGGACUUAUUAAUCAUGCCAGAUAAAACAUGUACUUAGGUUUGAGAGGGAUCGACAUUACCAUUUUGUUUUAACUUUUGGAUUGGAAAAUUAGCUCAUGGUAUUGUUGAGACUGGUAUUCUACUACUUGCGGGGAGCUGAAAUAUAAAAUCUGUGUCCGUCAAAAUCAUGAUUUUUGAAGUAGUUUGAAAUUUCUCUUUAGUUAAAUUAUCAGUAACACAUUUUGAUUGUGUUUCUCGUGAUUAAGGUCACCAAUCUUAUCUAUUUGCUACGAAGCCAUAAAUUUGUAGUUUUAUCAACCAUUAUACUACUUGAGAGUUCACCGUGUGAUGUAAAGAUCAUGUUACUCGAAUUCACUGUUAAGAUGCGGCUUUCUAAAUUUAUGAAACACAUUUUUUUAUGCUAA